AACUGACUCAACGGUCACACUGAACACAACAAAAAAAAAUAAGUGUUUAGUCAUUUACAAACCCAUUUGUUUCUCGAAGUUUUCCAAAUAACAGCCAUAUAUAGGAUCUGCCCCAACACAUCUGCUUAGUGUAAAGGAAAAGAGUAACCGGAGAAGUACAAUCAUGGAAUUCCCACACCUAGGACAGCACUGCAGCGAGGCAACCUGCAACAGAUUGGAUUUUCUGCCCGUUAAGUGCGACUCGUGCGACAAGGUCUUCUGCGCCUCGCACUACAGCUACGACCGUCACAGCUGCCCAGGAGCCUACAAGAAGAACGUGCAGGUGCCCGUCUGCCCACUGUGUCGGGAGCCCGUGCCCACGCCACCUGGAGUGGAGCCCGAUGUGACAGUGGGCCAGCACAUUGACCAGCAGUGCAAGUCGGAGAGCAAGAAGAUCUACACCAAUCGCUGCAAUGCCAAGGGCUGCAAGCGCAAGGAGCUCAUCCCAGUGACCUGUUCGCAGUGCCGCCUGAACUUUUGCCUGCGUCAUCGCCACACCAGCGACCACGACUGCAAGCCAAUGCCAGCACCUUCGACAUCGUCGGCCAGUGGGGGAUGGCAGUCCACAUUCAAGAACUCAGACUCCCGAUCCAUGGCUGCCCAGGCGGCCGAGAGACGCAGGCAGAGCAAGCCCACCAGCAGCAGCACCAGCAAUACCAAUUCCAGACCUCGACCUGUGCAGGCCACACAAGUACAAAACAUUCAGGGCAAUAUGAGCGAAGACGAGGCGCUGGCACGAGCCCUAGCCUUAUCAAUCAUGGAGCAGGAUGACGCGGCGGAAGGCAACCGCCAACCUCCGGCAACAAACAACGCCCAGCAGGUGACUGUGGGCGGGGGUAACAAUCAGCAGGGAAAUGCCAAGGACAAGUGCCUACUGUCCUAGUUCUCAGAAGGCAGCGCAGCCAGCUCUCAACAUAUCCAUCACUUGACCAGCAGCUAGAAAUCUGCCCAACUACUAGAUGUUAAUGAAACUCCGUUAUCGUAACUAUAUGUUGGUAAUUUACUUCGACUUCGUCACAUUCUUCGUGCUUUAGCAAAAAUAAAUCAAUGUUAAUUCUACAUUUGGAAA